AUGAAAUACAAGUAUAUUUUUCUUAACAAGUUAUAUGCUACGAAUAAGGCGCUUGCGAUAAGUAAAAUUAAAGAACAAGUAUACGACAUUCCCUUAAUGUUACAAUAUUUAAAUAAGAAUUUUUUAAAAGAUUUGAAUAUUUGGAAUGAUAAUAUUUCUAAACAGUUGAUUUUAUUUAAUACACAAAAUUAUUUUACUAAUUACAGAAUACAAGAUAUCCGCUAUAGACUGUUAAAUUUUAUAUGUCCUUAUUUACCCAGUUAUCAAGCAGAUAGUUAUUUAUUGUUAGACUAUUAUAUGUAUUUUAAUAGUAACUUUUAUAAUAUUGAUUUAGUACCCUUUAUUAAAUUAAAUAUAAAAGGGCGUUAUAUUACACUAGAUUUUAUGAAAUUGAUCAAAGAUCAGAGUAAAGAACUUUUUUACUUUCUAAUCCAAAACAAUAAUGAAUUGUUUAGAUUUAUUAUUAAUAAUGAUAAAACUUUAUUAGACGAUGAAGCAUUUUUAAAAGAGUUACUUGGUACAAAUAAAACAGAUUUGGCAAUUCUUAGUCUUCCUUAUUCAAAAUGGCAUACUGUACGACAUUUUAUCACAGAUGAGUUUAUUAAAGAAAAUAUAUUUAAGUUUAAACUAGCGGAUUUGUUCGCCGCUAAAAGUUGUAAUUUUAUUUGGGAUAUUUUAAAAGAAUAUUCAUAUGGUUUUAGAUAUAAAAUGUAUACGGACUUAGAACCUAAUAAAAAAAUUUUACAAUUUGUUAGACAAGAUUUAAAAAAUUUAGUACAAAGUAAUUGUAAUAAUCUUAUAAAUAAAUAUAAGCAGUGUACACCUGAUAUAUUAAGUAUUAUUACAGAAAUGAUCGAUCAAAUUGUUGUGUAUCCAAUAUUAAUAGGUUUAAUUUAUCAAGUAAUUGCCGGAUUAGAAGAUCUAGCAAAAGAUAUUUGUAUUUUUUAUAUUUUGAAAUAUAUUUCUAAUAAAAAAGCUUGUACUACUAAUAAUUCUUUCUGUAGAUGGUAUAUCAAUAUAACCAAAUUAAUUAAAUUGUUGUAUAAAGGUAUAGAUAGUGCAGCUUUAGUAGAUUUUAUAGAUGUCAAUUUACAUUACAAGAGAUAUAGUAUUAUUUUAUUGUUAGAAAUAACACGCCAUAAGAUAAAUACAUUUGAUAUUAAUGAAAUUUUUCUCUACGAAGAUUAUGGUAUAAAACUUAAGGAAGAAAUAUUUGAAAGAUACCAGCUCCUUCUUAAUACCAAUAUAAUGAAUAUUGAAUAUACAUGUGAUAUUAAAUAUAUGACUAGUAUUGAAAUAAAAAAGUAUAAAUUUACUGGAUUUAAUUUUAAAUAUAUUGAAGAUUAUCUAUAUAUUAGAAAUGUGGCUAAGGUUGUUUCCUAUAAUUUAGAUAGAAUAGAUAAUCUUCAAGUAGUAAAAGAUUUCUUUGUGAACUGUAGUAAAAGUCAAGAAGAAGAUAUAAAACUUAUUGGAAAUUCUAUGUUAAGUAAAUUACAAAUACACUGCAAAAAUGUACACAAGUAA